AUGAAUGUAAAUAUAAAGUAUCCAUUGGUAUUACAUGAUAAUUGGCUAUUAGAAUCAAUCACAGGACAGAUCAAUAAAAAUGUAAAGUAUACAAAUUCUUUGAUAAAGAAAGACUUUAUAAGUCCAUCAUCUAUAAGCAAGACACCUAUAUUAAGAAUUCUAAGGUUUUUGAAAACUACGAAAUCGUCUGAUCUAACAGCCAUACUAAGCGAUUCGACACAUACCGUGAUUGCUAUAUUUCCAUUCGAUCCAGCAAUAAUCAAUUUUGAAAUUCGUUAUAAACAUCGAAUCACGUACCACACACCGAACAGUCUUAUAUUGAUUAAGCAAGCGAAUUUGCGUUUUGUGAAUAACGUCGAAUUGACGACCGAAUGGGGUAUCACUAUUGAAGAUGAGAUCGAUGUAGCAGUUUUAGAAGUUCUUGAUCUAGAGAUCUUUCAAAGGGACCAGAUUAUGUUAGGAGUCAAUAUUGAAAAUAAUUUGCAACUUAUAUACUACGAUAAAUCAUACCUAAAUUUAUGUGGAAAAAGUAGGCAGAGGGACUCUCUUGGAGAGAAAGAGAUUAAAGAAGUUAUACUGCAAAGUUAUGAUGAUGUCGUAUCCAUAUAA